AUGCCGUCCUUACCUGCUUCUAACGACUCGCCCCUAGUACGCACCUCGUUCACAUCCGACACGGCCUGGACGACCCUCCUCCGACGAACCGCGGAGACCAACUCUGAGGGAUUUCGAGCCUACGUCCACCCCGUCGACGACAAGGCAUGGGCCGACGCCAGCCCCGCGACACUCGCCAAGGCUGCUAAAGAGAGCAAGGUGAACGCACUUGUGCUGUUCAUUGCGGACGAGCGAGCGCUGAGGGAGGAGGGACUUCCUGUGCUCUGCGUCGAGCUGGCCCCGGACUGGGACGGCGAGGAGGAGCCGCGUACCUUCCGGUGCGUCGUCGCCGAGCUGUGGGCUGUCGAGAACAACCUCAACAUUGCCAACAUGGACUGGGAAGACUGGGAGGGUGCGCUGGAUGAAGACGGAGUCCACCGCGGCUUGACCAGGGGUGACAACGUGCAGACUGGAGGAGAGGCACCGCCAUUGUUGCUGGGAGAGGUGCCGGUGAUGACCCUUCCGACGCUUAAGCGCCCAGAGUGA